AUGUCUCCUGACUUCGACACUGAGUGCUCGCUAGAGAAAGGUUUUGUGUGCUUGAACUCGGUCCAGGGACCCAUAGGAUGCUUAGACUACGAAGUCAGCGUUCACUGCGAUUGUGGAAGCUAUACAGCUACCCAGUCGCCACCAGGCGGUUCGGGCGGAUCGCCGACUCUUUUGCCCCCUGUGGGUCCUCACGGUACUCCAUCUGCCUAUCCACCAGGCUACACCGGCAUAACAGCUACUCCGUCGCCACUAGGCGGUUCGGGCAAAUCGCCGACUCUAUCGCCCCCUAUUGGUCCUCAUGGUACUCCAACUGCUUAUCCACCAGGCUACAACGGCAUAACAGCUACUCAGUCGCCACCAGGCGGUUCGGGCGGAUCUCCGACUCUGUCGCCUCCUGUCAGUGCGUCCGGUACUCCGACUGCCUAUCCACCAGGAUACACCGGCAUAACAGCUAAUCAGUCGCCACCAAGCGGUUCGGGCGGAUCACCAACUCUAUCGCCUCCUGUCGGUGCCUCUGGUACUCCGACUGCCUAUCCACCAGGCUACAACGGCAUAACAGCUACGCAGUCGCCACCAGGCGGUUCGGGCGGAUCACCAACUCUAUCGCCUCCUGUCGGUGUCUCCGGUACUCCGACUGCCUAUCCACCAGGCUUCAACGGCAUAACAGCUACUCAGUCGCCACCAGGCGGUUCGGGCGGAUCUACGACUCUGUCGCCUCCUGUCAGUGCGUCCGGUACUCCGACUGCCUAUCCACCAGGAUACACCGGCAUUACAGCUACUCCGUCGCCACUAGGCGGUUCGGGCAGAUCGCCGACUCUAUCGCCCCCUAUUGGUCCUCAUGGUACUCAAAUUGCCUAUCCACCAGGCUACAACGGCAUAACAGCUACUCAGUCGCCACCAGGCGGUUCGGGCGGAUCUCCGACUAUGUCGCCUCCUGUCAGUGCGUCCGGUACUCUGACUGCCUACCCGCCAGGCUACACCGGAAAAACAGCUACCCAGUCACAAUCAGGCGGUUCGGGCGGAUCUCCGACCCUAUCGCCCCCUGUGGGUACAUACGAUAACCCCACUGCUUACCCGCCAGGCUACACCAGCAAGACACCAAUUCCCUGCACCAGCCAGUGGUCAUCCUGGAUUAACAAGGACAAGACAGACACCGGCGACGGCGAUCGAGAGGAUUUCAGCUAA